AGUGGGAGAGGGAGGAAAUCGGUGUUACCUAGAGGGAGAGGCAGACAGAGAGAGAAAGAGAGGGAGCAGCGCUGCUGGAUUAUGUAUCACUGAGUGACAGACGAGCCAGCGAUCGAGCGCUGGUGACCGCCAGCAGACACAGAACAGACGAGCGCGAGGAGGACGGAGGGGCGAGGCCGCUGCGUGCAGUAACCAUGGCGCAGCUGUCUCCGUGCGCAUCGCCGGGCACCCGUCGCCGUAGCGAUGGCUCGGUGAGAGAAUGUCUGUUCUUCCCUAUUUCUGAACGCAACGAGCAGGAGAGGCUGGAGGCCCUGGUCCGGCGGAGAGCCGGAGGCACGAGGAGGGAGGGGGGAGGAGGAGGAGGAGGAGGAGGGGGGGAGGCUCGGGACCACCUGGAUAACAGGCCGAAACGUUGGACGUGGGGAGGACCGCCUGAUGGAGUGGAAGGUAACCCUAAGACCCCGCCCUGCCAUGCCAUUGGCUCCGCUCAGCCCAAUGGGCUUCCUGCUGCUUCCAGCGCCAGCCAAUCCCGUAACGUCAGUGACUUCCUGUCUCCACCCGGGAUGGAUCAGCCAAUCAACAAACAGCUCUCCAACUCUUCAGCCGCCCUCCAUUCACCAGAGAGAGUGUCCUUUGUGUCCCAUCGAACAGCUUCCCCCAACAACCACAGACCAUACAGAAGUUCCUCCAACCGCAGGAGCAUCGCUGGACUUCCUGAAGAGGCGUCCAAAGCCAAAACACCCACGGGGGAGACUCCAAACACACCAGCCCGCAGUUCUUCCUUCAGGGCCAACAGCAAGGGCCCUGCCACGCCGAAACGGGUGAGGUCCAACAGGAGUCGCGCCCAGUCGCCCUGUUCCCCCGGCCAGUACCCCCCCUCCCCGCUCCGCCAGAGGGCCACCACCCCCGGCACCGAUGACAGGGGUCACACUGAGCUCAAAAGUCAGGGCACCCUUGAGAAGAAAUCAACCAAAUCUGAGGCCUCGGAGAAAAAGAUCCCCAAAUCCACCAGCAAAGAACUGAAUGCAGAGUCUCCAGGCACGCCCACAGGCAGGAGUGUUGGCGGGACGAAGGACGCUGAGGAGGCAUCCAGACUGCUGGCAGAGAGACGACGUCUGGCCCGACUACAGAAGGAGCAGGAGGAGAGACAACGGCAGGAGGACGAGAGGCUGAGGGCGGAGGAGGAGCUGCGGAGGCAGCAAGAGGCGAAAGAGAGGCAGGAGAGAGCUGCACUGCAGGCCGAGGAGGAGAGGGUGAGGCGGGAGGAAGAGAGGAGGAACAGGGAGGAUGAGGAGAGACGGCAGAAGGAGCAGAGAUGGAAGGACAUGCAGGAUCAGCUGGACCGAGAGAGGGAGGAGGCCUUCCUGCGAGCCCAGAAAGAGGCAGAGAGGAAGAGGCAGGAAAGAGAGCUGCUGCACAUCCAGGAGGAGCAGGAGAGACUGCAGAGGAAGAAGAGAAUUGAGGAGAUCAUGAAGAGAACCCGGAAGAGUGAAGUCGAGCCUCUGUCUGGUGUUGCAGCGUCUGACAUGAGGCCCGAGGCUGCGGUUCCCUCAGAGGAGGACGCCCCGACUCCAGCUGAAGCCCCCGUCAUGCUGGGACCCCUGGAGAACAAGAGCUUUGUGGACGAGCUGUCUGACGGAGUCCAGUCCAUGGACGUCAGUCCUGUGUCCAGGGACGAGCAGCCGAGCGCUCAUGAGUUUUCACCGCUCACAGAGGGGACAGACGGCUGCCCCCUGGAGCACCUGAUGGAGCUGGACGCCCACGCUCGUGGACAGCGACAGGGCGGGGAAACGCCCCCCUACCCUAAACUGCAGGCCGGCAGCGGGGUCGGAGACCUCAACAAAAACCUGCUGAUUCAAGCGUACAGCGCCGCCUCUGAAACCUCCCAGCUCAUCCACAGCGUCGGCCCGAGCAAACUGGACGUCCAGUAGCCAGGGCUUUUUCAGGAGCACGCACGUUCUGUAGAAACAGGAGGAACCGACCAAGAGACCGCAACAACAACAAUCAUUUCCACACAGGAACAAAUGCUGAACAACUAAUUUCACAUCUGUAUUACCAAACAUCGCAUAACAGUUAAGCUUCUGGCCACAUUUUAAGGCAGUGCAAAUGGGCAAUUCUGACUCUCACAAACACAACACAGUUUGACAAAAUCAUGCAAAUCAUGUGAAGUAUAUUUAAGACAUGGUUAAAUGACAGAAAAGGGAGUGGGAGCAGCAUUGUUGCAUGUUUUUCAUAUGGAAACAUUUAGGAAAGUGAAACGACUGUAAACUAAGGAAACACCUUGUUCAUGUUAUAAAACUUAAUAUUAUAAGGCAGGAGUUGAGGAUUCAGGGCCAAUGCCCAAAUCUGCACACAUCAAGUUACCUUUUAAUGUACAGAUUACAUUUAUUUUGCAUUUCAGACACCUCACAAAAUCCCCUGUCAUCGGACUUAAUCUUUUAAUGACCAACUGUCUGAAAUCAGACCAUCUCCUCCACGUCUGUUCCCGUUGGAGGCGGCAUUGCCCAGCUGCACUGCCGCAAAAUAUCACUCAAGUUAUCUCCCGCUUUAGUCUCUCAUCCUUGCUUUUGUAAAACUCUGUAAAUAAAUCCGACUGGGUGGAGGAGUCGGGGAGCGGCUCUGUAGCAGUUUAUCUGGAGGGGAAGCCGUAAAACACACACUGUGGUGUGAAUCCUGUGUAGCAUCUUCAGUAAGGACUAGCUAGUUGAGCUGUUAAUGGUUGUAGCCGUGUACUUGAACAGUGUGUGGCAGUUUCUCUCUUUCUGUCAGUGUUUCUGAUGGUUCCUGUGUGUUUAGCUCACCUCUGACCUGCUCUACCGCUGACAGCGACACCUACUUCUAUAAAUAAAAACAGUCUGCUGUAGAUUUCCUGCCGCCCUGACGCUGGAGAAAAAAAAAACCCAUCACCGACUGAUAUUAUAACCCCGCUGAUUACGCGUAACACUUAGCCUGUCGCUUUGGUUUUUCUGCUGCUCGUCACUUGAUCGGUGGACGUUUUGUGGAGGUGCAACAAUCCACAGCGAGGACAUGAAAAAAAAUAAUAUGUCCAUGUCCUGUAUUUUUAUCUGCAGGUCGGGAAAAUGUUGACACAGUGUGUUGUGUAUUUGUCCGGCACUGACUGUAACCACGCUAGCUGCAGUUUAUAGUGUGCACUUACAGUAGUUGUGUGUUUCACUGCUCUGAAGACGCUUCUAUCUCCACCUCAGCUCACUCCCCCCCACCAACUCAAAUAUACCUCACCAAUUCAGAACAGAGUCUGGUGUUUAAACAGCUCAUCACCUCUGAGGCCUUAAACCUCUGUGCAGUCAAAACAGCCCGUCUUCUGUGCUUUUCCUGUGGCUCGUCCAGCAUGUGCACUUUUGCUCUUUUCCACCAAAAUAUCUUGGAAGGAACGGUAAUAAGAACUACAAAUAUUCUUUGAGCAAGUCUGUGUUGAUUGCUUCACCUAAUCAGGCACGUCAGAAGGAUGUGAGGGGAUACAAUUGCAAAUAUGCGAGGACAAAGCAUGCGACUUCCCAAGGAACACAGACUCUCAAGGGCCACAAAAACCGCAGGUUUACUGUGUGGAUGAUCAGGGCCUUAGCCAGGAUUGUAUAAAUACUGAGGUAAUAAGUCCAAACUAUCCCCAGCCAAACACCACCCACCUUAAACAAAAUUGGCCAGUCACUAACCAAACUCUUUACAAUUUUCUGUGUAUUUAGGGAAAACCAUUUUCUAUUUGUUCAACUGUUGAAUUAUAUUUAUUCUAAAUUAUAUAUCCAUCCUUUAUGGUCUGGUGUCAGGUUUAUCAUUCUGGUGGAGUAAACUAAAUUCCUUUUCUAUUAGGACCGGCCACCAACCAAACUCUGUACAUUUUUUUUGAGUAUUUAAGGAAAAUCACAUUCUAUUUUAUCUAUUCAAAUAUUCAGUUGGAUUUCUUUAAAUUUGACCUCCCUGCAUUAUGUUUUGGUGCCUGAUAUGUCCUUCUGGUGAAAAACACUUUUAGUUUUUCCAAUGUAAUGCUUUGAGUUUAUUUAGCCUAAAAACGUAAAAAAGAAAUGUGAUUUGGAAAAUCACAUUCUGUAUAUUUAACUGCUCAAUUAUAUUAUGGUGACAGGUAUGUAAUUCUGGGGAAUAAUACUACAUUUAGUUUUUGAAUUCAAUGAAUGCAAUUGUUCUGCCUCAAAACAAAACAUUUUUGAAUCAGCCUUAAAAAAAAUACAAAGUGUAGUAUAAUAAAACGCCUCUUCAUGCCAUUAUAAACCUUCCAAAUUUCCAGAAAUAAUACUGUCAAUAGUCAGUCUACAAUUUAACACCUUUGUUGCGCGCAAUGGAUGCAUAUUUCUAUAUAAAUCUGUUUAACUUGUUCACCUGAAGGUGGCAAGUAAGCUGGUGGUAAUGAUGCUGGAGCGGAGUCGUAACGGGCCCACAGCUUAUUUCUGCGCCUGUAUGCUAAUGCGAGCAUGGCUGAAAGUAUGAUCUCAGUCGCAGGGACUUUCUGGGUGGGUGGGGAUUGUUGAAAAGGAAUCAAAGUUUGAUCCAGGUUGGGGAAAGGUGGCUCUACUGCUCCUCCAAGGUGCCACAUUGAGAGGGGAAAAGUGUUCUCAAUCACUGCUGCAACGUUCAGCACUUGUUUUAUGUUUUUACUCACCUGCCGGCUUCCCUCUCUCCAUGUUAGCUCCUUAUUCCUCCAGAUUCUGCCGAAGCUCAUCGUAAGAGGGUCUCCGGGGGUUCCCUUGUAUAUGAAGUAAAAAAUAAAGGACAUAAUGUUUAUCCUAAUAUUACUGUGACACUGCAGCUUGGUGGAAUAUAUCAUUGUAGAUGUGGUGCAUGGAUAACUGCUGAAAAAGAACAAUAAACUUCAUCAAGUCAUUUGUGUCAGUGAGCUGGAUAAAUAAAUAAAUGUUUUGGGUUGAGGAUAUGAAACGAAGGGAAAUGUUAGAAUGAUUCAAAACUGUAUAAGAUGUUUAAUCUUUGACAUUCAUAACAAGUGACUUAUGAAAUGACAAAUGUAGUGUAGGGCUAAUGCAGCCACUUUUAUUUACCAUUUUAUCUCACUGUGUGUUCAAUUUACGCUGCACCGAAAUUAAAACUGAUCUGCCAAAA